UCCAGUGAAGUAUUAAUCCAAAACACGUUUAUUGUUUUUUUAUUUGUGUCUCUGAAAGUGAGAGUUAGUGAAUAUCAGAACCCGAAGCAAUCAUGAAGUUAACGCGCAGAUUUCAUCUCAUUUUGUCAUGUUACAUUGUGAGAAUCACCUUGCUUCUUUGGACCGCAACGAGCGCGCACAAAGGAGGCCAUGAAAAGAAGCUUGUACGGAAAACUUUGGUUUGGCUCAGUUAUAAACUGGUGUGAUCCUUUCUGUUGGAUUUAACUAAUCGUUUUAACCACCUCCAAAAAACAAGGCUGAAGAAAACGUGCUCCCCCGAAAAAAGGAGCCCGAAAAAUGAACCACGUAAGCCGCAGGCCUGGUCAUUGGACUAAUAUGAAGAAAUCCGAGACAAACAGGUCUGAAGAAAGAUGGAAAGCAGCAAUCAUGAUCCGCGCCUUGAUUACUUGAGCAGCUACGUCCAGAAAACCUUGAAAAUGAAGUCGGAGAAAUGGGCGCGCAUGUUGACUUUCGAGGAAUUCCGGAACGUUGUUUUCGACUUCCUCGACAAACCGGAAGUAAACGUUUUGAUCAUUUCGCAGAAUAUUGCAGCUCAGUUGAUUCCGGCAAACAGCUUUCCAGUUAACUUGAAAACUAAAGGUGCUUACUUCGUCAAAAAGUCAAAAACCGUUGUUCCCAAAGAAGAUAUACAACAGUACCUGAUUUUUGGUGACAUGGCCUCGAAGCCUAUUGAGCAGCUGGCAUCACUUGUUGAUGAGGUAUUUGUGCCCCUCCUCUCAAAUAAAGGAAACCAUCGCAACUGGCCCGCUGUCGUUGCUCAAGAUGUGAGUCAGCAUGUGCACAGCUUGAAGAGCACAGUAUAUCAGGUGAAAGGUCAAGUUAAUGGGCAAACUGUCCUGCCAUUACCUGUUGGAGUUGAACGAGUUCACCAAGCAGAAAAAAUGUUACGAGAAAGCGGAGGAGAAAUGGUGGACCUCUACUUGAAAUCAGCCAUAGAAGGUGUCGUUAUCAAAUGGGCUUCCCAAAUAAAUGAUGUUUUGAACGACGAUUCUUCCCUGGCUUUUGCUAAUGGGCAAAAUCCGACACCGUGGGCUGAGGUCAAUUUCUGGAACACUCGUUUACGUAAUUUAGAAUAUAUCUAUGAGCAACUGCGUGAUGAGAGGGUUCAAAAAAUGGCAAUUAUCUUGGAACGUACUGAUAGUGCCUAUUGCCCUUGUUUCAAAAAUCUUUUUAGGAACAUUGUAGCAGCCUUGACUGAAGCCAAAGAUAUUGUGCUUUACUUCAAGCCUUUGCAUCGACAUUUCGCUGCUCUUGAGGAGACAGAUUUUUCGGACGUUAUCCCCUGUUUAAAACCGCUCAUGCAUAUCGUCUGUCUCGUUUGGGCCAACUCUCACUACUACUGCAAUUCAGGGAAAAUUAUCGUUCUUCUGAAACAAAUCUGUAAUUUAAUAAUUCAUCAGGCUAAGCGUUACCUAGAUCCAUCAUCAAUUUUCCAAACUGAUGUUGAUGAAGCUAAAAUAAGAAUACAACAUUCUCUAACAGUCUUAAGAAAUUUUAGGGAAAUAUUCGAUAACUACAAAGAAAAACUAGGAACUUUUUUUAAAGACAGGCCUCCUAAUAUGUGGACUUUUCAUCCGAACAUAAUUUUUGGACGCAUGCAGCACUUUAUUGAAAGGCUUCAUACUAUACAGUGGUUCUUCAGCACUGUGAUGGAAUUUUUGAAGUUAGAGCGUGUGGAAAUCGGUGGCCUCAAAGGGCGCACACUUAGUGGGCGCAUUAUUGCCAUAUCUCAAGAAUUUAAUGAUCACUUCACAGUUUUUGCAAGCAAGACAUAUGAUGUUUUAGAUCCGGAAGAUGAAAGUUUUCUCCGAGACUACAAACAAUUUCAGAGUAAUAUUUGUGAUUUAGACAGGAGGCUAGCUUCUAUUUUGUGCCAAGCAUUUGAUGAUUGCUUUAAUUUAGAAAGUGUCUUUAAGCUAAUUGAAAUUGUUGGUUCAGUAUUGGAAAGACCACUAAUCAAGGAAGAAUUCAAGUCGAAGUACCAGAUUAUUGUUGAUAUGUUGAAUGCAGAAUUGGAUGCAUCAAUGGACAUUUAUAAUGAGCAUAUGGAAACCUUUGAGAAGACAGGUUCCAUUCCAGUAGGACCAAGUAUGCCACCUCUAGCAGGCACAUUAAGGUGGAUCUAUGCCGUAAGGCAACGGAUUACUAUACCUGUCACCAGUUUCAAGCAGUUAGAAAAUCCAAUUAUUAAGAGUGAAGCGGGACUUAAUGUAUUCAAUAAGUAUGAAGAAAUUAUGUCUUUACUAGCAGAAUUUGAAAAUAAAUUGUUUGCAAAAUGGGCAGAAAAAGUUCCUGAUCAAGUUAAACUGAGUCUUAAUAAAUCACUUUUAAAGUGGUCCCCAAAUCGCCAAGUUUUGUUAGUUAAUUUUGAUCCUCAAUUAGAGGCAAUAUUGCGAGAAGUUCAUUAUCUGCAGCUAGCUGACUUUAAAGAUAUUCCUGAAUCAGGAUAUGAACUCUACGCUAAGAUUGAAGUCUUCCGUGGUUAUAGAAUCAAGUUAAAUUGCACCGUGGAUUGGUAUAACGAUGUUCGAAAACACAGCAGAUUGGUCGAAUAUGAAUUAGUGAAAGAAUAUGUUGAAGAAAUUGAUAGUUUGAUCAUGCAAGGAGAAAAGGAAUUGACAUGGAACUCUGAGAAUCUAUCAGAAUAUAUUGACAAAUUGCACAAUUUAGUGGACAAACUACAAUUCAGAGUGAAGAAAGCUCAAAGAAACAUCAGAAUAAUUCGAGAGAUGGUUUCGCAGUGGGCAAAGCAACUAUUCAUGGAGCGCAAAGAUGGGAAGAAAGACGCAUUACUAAAUAUAGAAGAAAAGGCGGACUGUUGUGCCAAAAAAUAUUCUCAAAUAACACAAGAUGGAGUGGAAAUUACUCGACUGCUAGAAGAAAAUCAGGAACUGUUUGUAAUGAAAGAAGAAUCAAAUUCUAAAAGAUGGCUCGCUUACGUCAAUUAUGUUGAUGAUAUCGUUGCUUAUGGGUUACUUUGUGCAGUAGGUGUCAGUCUAGGUUACAUAGCCGAGCAAAUGGACCCUUCAAAUCAAAAUUGUCCUUUAUUUGAAGCGCGGCUAGAGCUUGUUGAUCCUGAUAUCGUUUUUGUGCCUCCUUUAGAUCCCGAGUACAAUGAUAGCUUUUUGAGUCGAGUGGAAUCUUUGAUCGAUGAUAUCAUCCAAAUGGCUGCGCUCAUUCCUCGUCUGGCAAAGCACCUGGGUCAAGAAAAUUAUCUGGAAGGCAUGCAGAAGAUUGAUGACAUCAUAGCAAUGAAAAAGGAAAUCUUGGACAGUGUGGAAAAUGGUACCUCUGAAGCCAAUGAGUAUUGCCUUGGGUUUGAAUCUUACUCAUACCUUUGGCUAGAUGAUAGGCAAAUGUAUAUGGAUCAGUUCAUCACUUACGCAAGGCAACUGACAAUGGAGGAGAUGGAUCUUGUUAAUCUGGGCGACUCUUUAGCUCCUAAACCGGUUGCUCCAACAAUGGCCCAGUAUAAAGAACAGAUUGACACAUUCGAAAGUCUCUUUGCUGAGGUGGAAGAGUUGAAUUCUGUUCAAGUUUUUAAUUCUUGGUUUCAAGUCGACAUUCGACCUUUUAAACAAGCUUUACUUAACACUGUUUGUAAGUGGAGUUACAUGUUCAAGAAACAUCUGAUGGACCAUGUGACCAACAGUUUGUUUGAUCUGUCAAGUUUCAUUCGUUCGGCAGAUGAAGGACUUUUGCAAACGGUGGAAGAGGGUGAUUAUGAUAAACUGAUCAGUGUUAUGGGAUAUUUAAUGAAUGUCAAAGAGCGGCAGGUUACCACAGACGAUAUGUUUGAACCACUUCAUGACACAAUUGAACUGCUUAAACAAUAUGAUCAAGAACUACCUGAGGAAGUUAAUGUUUUAUUGCAGGAAUUGCCAGAACAGUGGAACAAUACUAAAAAAAUAGCAGUUACUGUAAAACAGCUAGUUGCACCCUUACAGGCUGCAGAAGUCUCAAGUAUCAGAAACAGAAUAGCAGCCUUUGACGUAAGGCAGAGUCAAUACAGAGAACACUUUAGAAAAGCGCAAUUCUUAAAGUUUGACUGUCCAACUCCUUACCGGAUGCUGGACAAAGCAAAUUUAAGCAUUCGAGAGUACGAAACAGUCAUGCAAGGGAUUCAAGAUUCUGCCUCUCUCUUUGAAGUUAAUGUUCCUGAUUUCAAGUUACUGAAACAAUGUCGUCGUGAACUCAGAAUGUUGAAACAACUAUGGGAUUAUACGCACAUUGUCAAGACCUGUAUCGAGGACUGGAAAACAACACCCUGGAGGCAAAUUGACGUUGAGAAUAUGGAUAUAGAAUGUAAAAAGUUCGCCAAAGAAAUUCGUGCAUUUGACAAGGAAAUGAGAAACUGGGACUUGUACGUCCAACUAGAAGCAACAGUAAAAAAUAUGCUCACCUCACUACGAGCAGUUGGUGAGCUCCAAAAUCCUGCAAUUCGAGAAAGACAUUGGCAGCAGUUGAUGAAAUCUACCAAGAAACACUCUGAUUUGCCUCCUGAGUUUUCAGUGCGUUUUGUCAUGGAUGAAGGCACAACUUUAGCAGACUUAUUAGCUUUGAAUCUUCAUGAAUGUGAGGAUGAAGUGAAAAAUAUAGUUGAUAAAGCAGUGAAAGAGAUGUCAAUGGAAAAAAUAUUAAGAGAACUUAACUCUACCUGGUCAACAAUGGAAUUUCAGCAAGAAUUACAUGCCAGGACAGGUUGUACCCUGCUCAGAGCUAGUGAAGAGCUAAUCGAAACCCUAGAAGAAAAUCAGGUUCAACUUCAAAAUCUCAUCACAUCAAAGUUCAUUGCACACUUCCUGGAUGAAGUUUCUGUUUGGCAACAAAAACUUAGCAUGGCUGAUCAAGCAAUAACGGUCUGGUUUGAAGUUCAGCGGACCUGGAUGCACUUAGAAUCAAUUUUCAUGAGCUCUGAGGAUAUCCGUAAACAGUUGCCUGAAGAUUCUUCCCGUUUUGAUCAGAUAGAUACGGACUUCAAGGUGUUGAUGGAAAACAUCGCCAAAACUCCAAAUGUUGUGGAAGCUACCAAUAAACCUGGACUAGUUCAACAACUGGAUGGUCUUCAAAAGGAAUUAACCCUUUGCGAAAAAGCAUUAGCAGAAUACCUAGAAACAAAACGACUGGCAUUUCCACGGUUUUAUUUUGUCUCAUCUGCGGAUCUGUUAGAUGUUUUGUCGAAUGGAAACCAACCAAAAGUUGUUGCCAGGCAUCUGAUGAAGCUAUUUGACUCCAUGGCAAGAUUGGAAUUUGUUGAUGGCAAAACGAAAGGAACUUUAUGCGCCCCAGGAAUGUAUGCCAAAGAUGGUGAAUAUGUGGAAUUUCAUGGGAGUUGUGAUUGCAGCGGAGCAGUUGAAGUAUGGCUGAACAGACUGCAGGUUUCAAUGAGAUCCUCCAUACGUUAUUAUUUUUCGGAUGCGACGACCAGUUAUGAGGAAAAACCACGAGAGCAGUGGCUUUUUGACUAUCCAGCCCAAGUAUCACUGUGUUGCUCUCAAAUCUGGUGGACCACAGAAGUGAACAUAGCAUUUUCAAGACUAGAGGAAGGUUACGAGAAUGCUCUGAAAGAUUAUCAAAAGAAGCAGAUUUAUCAACUGAGUACUCUGAUCUCUUUACUGCUUGGUGAAUUAUCAAAGCAGGACCGCCAGAAAAUCAUGACUAUUUGCACGGUUGAUGUGCAUUCUCGAGAUGUUGUUGCACGACUGAUUCAACAAAAGAUAGAAACUGCAUCUGCUUUCCAGUGGCAAUCUCAGCUCAGACAUCGAUGGGAUGACAAAGAGAAAGAUUGUUUUGCGAACAUAUGUGACGCUCAAUUUCGUUACAGUCAUGAAUACCUAGGAAACACCCCACGUCUGGUUAUUACACCUUUAACAGAUCGCUGCUAUAUAACUUUGACUCAGUCGUUACAUUUAAUCAUGGGAGGAGGUCCAGCUGGUCCUGCAGGAACUGGAAAGACAGAAACAACCAAAGACUUGGGCCGUGCGUUGGGAAUUAUGGUAUAUGUUUUCAACUGCUCUGAGCAGAUGGAUUACAAGUCAUGCGGGAAUAUAUACAAAGGUUUAGCUCAGACUGGUGCAUGGGGUUGCUUUGAUGAAUUCAAUAGAAUCUCUGUGGAAGUUCUCUCUGUGGUGGCUGUUCAAGUAAAAUCUGUUCAGGAUGCCAUUCGUGAUAAGAAGACACUCUUUAAUUUCAUGGGGGAAAUGAUUGCGUUGACUCCAACAGUUGGUAUCUUCAUAACAAUGAACCCUGGCUAUGCUGGACGUACAGAAUUGCCUGAGAACUUAAAAGCUCUAUUCAGGCCUUGUGCAAUGGUGGUCCCUGAUUUUGAAUUAAUCUGUGAAAUCAUGUUGGUGGCAGAAGGGUUUCAAGAAGCUCGUGUUCUAGCCAGAAAAUUCAUCACAUUGUAUACCCUGUGCAAGGAAUUGCUAUCCAAACAAGAUCACUACGACUGGGGUUUAAGGGCAAUCAAGUCUGUGUUGGUUGUCGCCGGCUCUUUGAAACGUGGAGAUCCAGGUCGUCCAGAAGAAGAGGUGUUGAUGAGAGCGCUUCGUGAUUUUAACGCCCCGAAAGUCAUCACAGAUGACGUACCGGUUUUCAUGGGUUUGAUCGGUGAUCUCUUUCCUGCUCUGGAUGUUCCACGUAAGAGGGAUUUGGAAUUUGAACGAACAGUAAAACAAGCAGCCAUGGAUUUAUUACUACAACCUGAGGACAAUUUCAUUCUGAAGGUUGUUCAAUUGGAAGAACUACUGGAAGUCAGACACUCGGUCUUCUUAGUUGGCAACGCUGGCACGGGUAAAACUCAAGUUUGGAAAACGCUGUUCAAAACAUAUCAGAAUAUCAAACGAAAACCACUCUACAAUGACUUGAACCCAAAAGCCGUCACAAAUGAUGAAUUAUUUGGGAUUAUCAACCCUGCAACAAGAGAAUGGAAAGAUGGUCUCUUUUCCGUAAUCAUGAGGGAUCAAGCCAACUUGUCUGGUGAUCAUCCAAAAUGGAUCAUACUGGAUGGAGACAUUGAUCCAAUGUGGAUAGAAUCACUGAACACAGUGAUGGAUGACAAUAAGAUUCUGACCUUAGCAAGUAAUGAGCGCAUAGCUUUAACUCCAUCGAUGCGUCUGCUUUUUGAAAUUUCCAACUUACGAACGGCUACCCCUGCAACUGUUUCAAGAGCUGGUAUUCUUUACAUCAACCCUCAGGAUUUAGGCUGGAACCCGUAUGUCACCAGCUGGAUUGAAACUCGUGAACACACCUCAGAGAAGUCAAAUCUAGUCAUACUUUUUGACAAGUACAUCCCAGCUUGUUUAGAAACGGUGCGGACUAGGUUUAAAAAAAUAACACCAAUUGCGGAGAUGGCUCAUAUUCAGAUGCUGUGUCACUUGCUGCAGUGUCUUCUGACUCCCCAAAAUACACCACCAGAUUGCUCCAAGGAGUGGCUUGAUUUGUACUUUUCUUUUGCCUGUGUUUGGGCCUUCGGAGCCGCCAUGUUUCAAGACCAGGCAAUUGAUUACCGGGUUGAAUUUUCCAAGUGGUGGAUAUCAGAAUUCAAAUCAGUAAAAUAUCCUAGCACUGGGACUGUAUUCGACUACUACAUUGACAAUGAAACAAAACAGUUCAUGCCAUGGACUGAGCGAUUACCGAGGUUUGAACUUGACCCUGAUACACCAUUACAGGCAAUCCUGGUUCAUACAUCAGAGUCUAUACGUGUUCGGUAUUUCGUAGAUUUAUUAAUGGACCAGAAACAUCCAGUCAUGUUGGUUGGUAAUGCUGGUUGUGGCAAAACUGUUCUGGUUGCAGAGAAACUUGUGAGCUUGAAUGAGAACUAUGCAGUUGCAAAUAUUCCAUUCAACUUCUACACUUCCUCAGAAAUGCUCCAAAAAAUAUUGGAAAAGCCUUUGGAGAAAAAAGCUGGUCGUAAUUAUGGUCCUCCUGGCAAUAAAACAUUGGUCUAUUUUUUGGAUGAUAUGAACAUGCCAGAAGUUGAUCAGUAUGGCACAGUACAGCCACAUACUCUAAUUAGACAGCAUUUGGAUUACAAUCACUGGUAUGAUCGCACAAAGUUGUCUCUGAAGGACAUUCACAAUUGCCAGUAUGUCUCCUGUAUGAAUCCAACAGCGGGAAGUUUCACCAUCAAUCCACGUCUUCAGCGCCAUUUCUGUGUUUUAGCUGUUAGUUUUCCAAAUGCUGAAUCCUUAAGCACUAUUUACCAUUCUAUUCUAAGCCAACAUUUUGCCAAUCCAGAGUACAGAUUCCCCCACAUCGUUGCUCGAAUGUGCCCCAAUGUCGUAACAGCAACCAUCGCACUUCAUAACAAAGCCGGCCAAGUGUUUCUUCCAACUGCAAUCAAAUUUCACUAUAUUUUCAAUCUACGAGAUCUUUCUAAUGUGUUCCAGGGAAUGUUAUUCAGUUCUAAUGAUUGUUUGACCUCUCCGUCUGAUUUGGUGCGGUUGUGGAUGCACGAGUCACAAAGAGUCUAUGGAGAUAAAUUAACCGAUGACAAAGAUGCAGAUGCAUUCAUGAAGAUUCAAAUCGAUAUCGUUAAGAAGAAUUUUGAUGAAUUAGACGAAGGGACUGUUCUUGAAAAACCCAAUAUCUAUUGUCACUUUGCUCAAGGAAUUGGAGAACCAAAGUACAUGCCAAUAGCUGAUUGGAAUCAUCUGAGCAAGUUACUUCAAGAAGCUCUCGCAUCUUAUAACGACCUUGUUGCUGCCAUGAAUCUAGUUCUUUUUGAAGAUGCUAUGAUGCAUGUCUGUAGAAUAAACAGAAUUUUAGAGUCACCUCGAGGAAGUUGUUUGUUGGUUGGUGUUGGUGGAAGUGGGAAACAAUCCUUAUCCAGACUAGCAGCUUUCAUUUCAAGUUUGGAAGUUGCGCAAAUACAGUUACGCAAAGGUUACGGCAUAUUAGACCUUAAGAUGGAAUUAUCAGGCUUGUAUUUAAAAGCUGGUUUGAAAAAUGUUGGAAUCAUGUUUCUUAUGACAGAUGCCCAGGUACCAUCAGAGAGUUUUCUUGUUCUCAUCAACGAUAUGCUAGCAUCUGGUGAGGUCCCUGACCUAUUUCCUGAUGAUGAAGUUGAAAAUAUCAUUUCUGGAGUCAGAAAUGAGGUCAAAGGAGCUGGACUGUUAGAUUCUCGUGAGAAUUGUUGGAAGUUCUUCAUUGACAGAGUUCGACGACAGUUAAAAGUUGUGCUUUGUUUCUCUCCUGUUGGUUCAACUUUAAGAAUUCGGUCUCGUAAAUUUCCUGCUUUAGUGAAUUCUACUUGUAUCAAUUGGUUCCAUGAAUGGCCGCAAGAAGCCUUGAUGUCUGUCUCAAAGAAGUUUCUAAUGGAGCUUGAAGUCUUACCUGAAUGCUUCAGAGAUUCGGUUGCUAAAUUUAUGGCUUAUGUCCACACUCAAGUCAACGCUACCUCUCGCGUAUAUUUACAAGCAGAACGUCGUUACAACUACACAACUCCAAAAUCCUUCCUGGAACAGAUCGCCUUAUACAUCAAGUUAUUGCUUCAGAAAUCAGCUGAGUUGGCUGGUAAAGUUGUGCGACUAGAAAAUGGUUUGGAGAAACUGAAAAGCACAGCAGAGCAGGUCGAUGAUCUGAAGGCAAAGCUAGCCGUGCAAGAAGUCGAAUUGAAAAUCAAGAAUGAUGCUGCGGAUACUCUAAUUCAGAUCGUAGGAGUUGAGACGGAAAAAGUAUCAAGAGAAAAAGCAAUAGCCGACGCUGAGGAAAAAAGAGUCAAAGUUAUAGCGGAUGAAGUUGCAAAAAAACAACAAGAUUGUGAGGAGGACUUGGUGAAAGCUGAACCUGCUUUAUUGGCUGCUCAGGAAGCUUUGAACACUUUGAACAAAGCUAAUCUCACUGAAUUGAAGUCUUUUGGUUCUCCGCCUGGUGUCGUAACAAACGUCACAGCUGCAGUGAUGGUGCUCCUAGCUCCAAACGGUAAAAUACCCAAAGACAGAAGUUGGAAAUCCGCUAAAAUCGUUAUGGCCAAAGUUGAUACCUUCUUGGAUUCACUUGUAAAUUACGAUAAGGAGAACAUCCAUCCAGAAAUCAUCAAGGCCAUCCAGCCAUAUCUGAAGGAUGAGGAGUUUGAGCCUGACUUUGUGAAAUCAAAAUCUGCUGCAGCUGCAGGUCUGUGUGCAUGGGUCAUCAACAUAAUCAAGUUCUAUGAAGUAUACUGUGAUGUUGAACCGAAACGGAAAGCUUUAGCAGCGGCAAAUGCAGAACUCGCUGCCGCUCAAGAUAAACUGACAGUGAUUAAGCGUAAAGUGGCAUCUCUUGAAGAGCAGUUAGCGAAACUGACACAUGAUUUUGAGCAAGCAACUUCAGAAAAGUUGCGGUGUCAAGAAGAGGCAGAUGCCACUAAUCGCACCAUCCAGCUUGCAAAUAGAUUGGUCGGCGGGCUAGCCUCUGAAAACGUAAGAUGGGCUGAGGCAGUUGCCAGUCUUAUGCAGCAAGGAACAACAUUACCUGGAGACGUUUUGUUGAUUACUGCAUUCAUUUCAUAUGUUGGAUGCUUUACCAAACAGUAUCGACUUGAUCUAAUGAACAAAAUGUGGAUACCUUUCCUCAAAGGCUUAGAGCCAGCCGUUCCAAACACAGAAGAUUUGGAUCCAUUAACGCUGCUGACAGACGGGGCACAAGUUGCAAUUUGGAACAAUGAGGGUUUGCCAAGCGACAGAAUGUCCACUGAAAAUGCAACCAUCUUAACCAACUCUGAGAGAUGGCCGCUCAUAAUUGAUCCACAAUUGCAAGGAGUUAAGUGGAUCAAACAGAAGUAUGGUGAUGAUCUUGUGGUUAUCAGGCUUGGACAGAAAGGAUCUAUGGAAAUACUGGAACAAAGUCUCAACAGUGGAGCCACUGUCCUUCUCGAAAAUAUCGGUGAAAAUCUGGACCCUGUUCUAGAUCCUCUUCUAGGUCGGAAUCUGAUUAAGAAAGGCAGAGCUAUAAAAAUGGGUGACAAAGAAGUUGAGUACAACAGUAAUUUUAGGUUAAUUCUGCAUACAAAGCUUGCAAAUCCUCACUACAAACCUGAAAUGCAAGCUCAAACAACUCUUAUCAAUUUCACUGUGACGCGAGACGGCUUAGAAGAUCAGUUGCUUGCGGAGGUCGUCAAAGCAGAAAGACCUGAUUUGGAAGAAUUGAAAGCUGAACUUACUAAACAACAAAAUGACUUUAAAAUUAUGUUGAAAAAACUGGAAGAUGACCUCUUAUCAAGACUGUCAAGUGCAGGAGGCAAUAUUCUAGGUGACACUGCUCUCGUUGAAAAUCUGGAAACCACAAAACGAACUGCUGCAGAAAUAGAGAAAAAAGUUGCAGAAGCAAAGAUCACAUCAGUAAAAAUUGAUGAAGCCAGAGAACAUUAUAGACCAGCAGCUGCUAGAGCCAGUCUUCUGUAUUUUAUUUUGAAUGACCUCAACACAAUCAACCCAAUUUAUCAAUUCUCUUUGAAGGCAUUCAGCGUAGUAUUUCAAAAAGCAAUUGAGAAAGCUGUUCCAAACGAUGAUGUUGAGAUGCGUGUUAACAACCUAAUUGACUGUAUCACAUACUUUGUUUUCAUGUACACGACAAGAGGUCUUUUUGAGUGUGAUAAACUUAUUUUUGCUUCCCAAAUGGCAUUUCAGAUUCUCCUUAUCAAUGAGGAAAUUCAACCCCAAGAGUUGGACUUCUUUUUAAGAUUCCCUCUCACUCCUCACGUUACAUCACCUGUUGACUUUUUAUCCAAUACUUCAUGGGGUGGCGUCAGGUCCUUAUCAAGCAAAGAUGAAUUCAGAAAUCUAGACCGAGACAUUGAGAGUUCCUCUAAACGUUGGAAAAAAUUUGUUGAAUCUGAUUGCCCUGAACGAGAGAAGUUUCCGCAAGAAUGGAAAAAUAAAACUGCUUUUCAACGUUUGUGUAUGAUGAGAGCUCUUCGCCCUGAUCGAAUGACCUAUGCUAUGACUGUAUUCAUCGAAGAGAAACUUGGCAACAAAUAUGUGGAAGGGCGAAGUGUAGAGCUAGCAAAAUCAUUCGAAGAAACAAGCCCGACUACCCCUAUUUUCUUCAUCCUCUCGCCAGGAGUUAAUCCACUAAAGGAUGUUGAAACGUUGGGACGUAAACUAGGAUAUGCCGAAGAUAAUGGCAAUUUCCAUAGUGUCUCUCUUGGCCAAGGUCAGGAAGUUGUUGCAGAGGAAGCAAUGGACAUUGCAGCUAAAGAGGGUCAUUGGGUUAUCUUACAGAAUAUUCAUCUUGUAAAAAAAUGGUUACCAGCGCUAGAAAAGAAAUUGGAAAACUUGAGUGAAAAUGCUCAUGCUCAGUAUCGUGUCUUUAUGAGCGCAGAGCCUGCAGCAACCGCUAGUGCUCACAUCAUUCCUCAGGGUAUUCUAGAGUCCUCAAUCAAAAUCACCAAUGAGCCUCCAACAGGAAUGCAAGCGAAUCUUCACAAAGCCUUAGACUGCUUCAGCCAAGAAACACUUGAAAUGUGCACCAAAGAAGCCGAGUUUAAAACCAUAUUAUUCUCUCUCUGUUAUUUCCAUGCAGUUGUUGCGGAGCGAAGAAAAUUUGGUCCACAGGGUUGGAACAAGGUUUACCCUUUCAAUGUUGGUGAUUUGAACAUAAGUGUCAGUGUUCUGUAUAAUUAUUUGGAGGCCAACAGCAAAGUUCCAUGGGAAGAUUUAAGAUACCUUUUUGGCGAAAUUAUGUAUGGUGGUCAUAUUACUGAUGACUGGGAUAGGAGAUUGUGCAUUUCAUAUCUUGAGGAGUUCAUGCAGCCAGAGCUUGUUGAUGGCGAGCUGUUCUUAGCUCCAGGUUUUCCAGCACCACCAAAUAUGGAUUAUACAGGUUAUCACACAUAUAUCGAUGAAGCAAUGCCCCCUGAAAGCCCUUACUUAUACGGACUCCAUCCGAAUGCGGAAAUAGGGUUCCUCAGCACAACUGCUGACAAUCUUUUCCGAACUGUUUUUGAGAUGCAGCCCCGAGAUGCAGGAACCACUUCAGGCACUACUGUCACCAGAGAAGAUAAGGUGAAACAGAUUGUAGAUGAAAUAAUUGAGAAGUUGCCAGAGGAAUUCAAUAUGACAGAAAUCAUGAGCAAGGUUGAAGAAAGGACUCCCUAUGUCAUCGUCGCAUUUCAAGAGUGUCAACGGAUGAAUUAUCUGACCAAUGAGAUGAAAAGAUCGUUGCGAGAACUUGAUCUCGGUCUGAAGGGAGAGCUUACAAUUACAUCUGAGAUGGAGGACCUUGAAACUGCAUUAUUUCUUGACCAAGUCCCAAUCAUAUGGACACAACGAGCCUAUCCGUCAUUGCUCGGUCUGACAUCUUGGUUUGCAGACCUUUUACUUCGGUUAAGAGAACUAGAAACGUGGUCGACGGAUUUUGUAUUGCCAGCCUCUGUGUGGCUUGCAGGGUUUUUCAAUCCACAAUCCUUUCUCACUGCUAUAAUGCAAAGCACAGCCCGUAAAAGUGAACUUCCCUUGGAUAAAAUGUGUUUGCAAUGUGAUGUUACCAAAAAACAGAAGGAAGAUUUCUCAGGGGCACCAAGAGAUGGCGCCUUUGUUCACGGCCUUUUCAUGGAGGGUGCACGAUGGGACAUUCAGCAAGGUGUCAUAAUGGAAUCAAAAUUAAAAGAGUUGUUCCCGCACAUGCCUGUUAUCAACAUCAGGGCAAUUACUCAAGAUAAGCAAGAUAUGCGAAAUAUGUACGAGUGUCCAGUCUACAAAACCCGUAUGCGAGGGCCCACCUUUGUGUGGACUUUCAAUUUAAAAUCGAAAGACAAACCAUCCAAGUGGACUUUGGCUGGUGUCGCCAUUUUAUUACAAAUUUAAAUUUUUUAUAUCAUUUUUAAGAGUUAGUCAAUUUUAUUUUUUUAUUGAAGACUUUGCAUACUUACGAUGCAUCUUUUUAUCUUUACUUUUUGAUAAACUUGGCAACUUGGAUUGAAUGCCGAAAUUAGGAGUUCCGCCGGACUGUUUGCUGUAUAGUGCUUACGCGGUUGAUCGCAAGACCCUGAAUUAGGUGAGCAGCACCUAAAGCCAAAAAAGGCACACAAGUUCCAAAUUCAAGGACAGUUCUCUAUUACUGAUCGAGAUUUGUGCUUUUUCAUUGUGACGGUUCCUCAAGACUUCCUAUUGGAGUGCAUAUAUUAUGACAAAAAAAUAUGGGAGACCAUAUUAGUUGCAUUGGAAAGCUUCUUCUUGAACCAUUUUUUGCCCAAAAAAGUGGAUUCGCGAAGAAUGAGGCAGCUACCACUCCGGUAUAGCAAGGAAAAGGAAAGAAUGCAGGUGAUGGCCCAAGAUGAUGACCAAGUCAGAGAAGAUAAAGUAAUAAGAUCCAGUAAGAGUCGACGAAAUCAAGAAGAAUUACUAGAUGCUCCUGACUUCGGUGUCAUCAAUUAACCCACUGCGCAGAGGGCACAAUUAGGACAAACCCCUCGAUCAGCCGAGCCUCCAAAUUAAAGCUUUUUCAAGAAAAAUCGUCCUAUUAUACUCAAAAAUGGGAAUUUGUGUCCACCAGCUAAUUUUAAUUCUAUUUUCCUGAAAUAUUAAUCAUCAGAAAAAAUGUUUUAAAAAUUAAUGAGACUCAUCUUCCAACUUCUAUCACCUGGAAGGAGAAGCUUUCACACAAAAAUGUUACGCAUUGAAACUUUAUUUCUAAUUAUUUUUUUUUUUUUUUAGUCUGUAUGUAUUUUUUAUAUUUAUUAAUCAACUGCUUUCAAAGUGCCUUGAAUAAUUAUUUUUUUGCUUUUGGUCAAUUUUUAUGUCAGAAGUUAUAUUUAUUAAUGUGUUUAAUUACCUCCAUGGUAAUUAAAAGGAUCUUUAUUUUACCUUGCUGUGGCAAUUUGGAUUCUGUGAUCAAUUUAGCAAAUUUUAGUAUGAAUUGAUUAUUUAAUAAAGUUUAAUAUUUAUGCUCCACUUUUAA